UAAAAAAAAAUUGUCUAAUCAAAAAAAUUAAUUAUGAUAUAUAAAACAAUUUUUUUUAUCGUGUUUUUCAUUUAUAAAGGAAAAGCAAAUGAUUGUAUACCACGAAAAUUUAAUUACGAUAGUAUCGUAUGCGUUUGCAAUUCGACUUACUGCGAUUCGGUACCAAAUAUCGAGGAACCGAAAGAAAAAUACUUCCAUGUAUAUAGUUCCAGUAGGGAUGGUCUUAGAAUGAGUUUCUCCGAAGGAAAAUUCGUAGAUGGAUUUGACUACAAUUCGAUUCCCAAUCAGGAUGUAGUAUUUUCACUUCAGGAUACUAUAACCGUUUAUAGAGAUAAGAAAUAUCAGAAAAUAUGGGGUUUCGGUGGAGCAUUUACCGAUUCAGUGGGAAUUAAUAUUAAAACAUUGAGUGAACCAACUCAAGAGAUGCUCCUGCAAUCAUACUUCUCUCAAAGUGGUAGCCAAUAUAAUUUAGGUCGUGUACCAAUAGGUGGUAGUGAUUUUUCUAUAAAAGCUUAUACGUAUGAUGAAGUAGAGAAUGAUGAAAACCUCGAGCAUUUUGAAUUAACCGAAGAGGAUAUAGAUCAUAAAAUUCCUUUUAUCAAAAGAGCGAAAGAAUUAUCUCCUGAAUUGAAACUCACUGCAGCCGUUUGGAGUCCACCAAUAUGGAUGAAAUCUAAUAAUAAAUAUUAUGGACCAAGUAUUCUCCUAAAAAGAUAUUAUCAAACAUAUGCCAAUUAUUAUAUAAAAUUUUUACAAAAAUAUAAAAGUCAUGGCAUUGAUAUAUGGGCUAUUUCAACGGGAAAUGAACCUAACGAUGCGUGGUUCCCUGGAGCGAAUAUAUCUUGUAUGGGGUGGAUUCCAUUUAAUCUAGGGGAUUGGAUAGCUAAUAAUCUUGGACCGACUUUGGCGCGUUCGGAAUACAAUGAAACGAUCAUCCUAGUUUUAGACGAUCAGAGAUUCUAUUUAAUAGAGUUUUUGGAUUUUAUUCUCUCCAAUAAAAAAGCAUAUGACUACAUCCAUGGCAUAGCUGUACACUGGUACACGGACGACUUUGUUUCCCCUUCAUUGUUAGACAUAACUCAUGACAAAUAUCCAGAUAAAUUUCUUCUUUUGACCGAAGCAUGUGUUGGUUCUAAACCUAACGAUUACCCGAAAGUAAAACUUGGAUCUUGGGAAAGAGGAGAAGAUUAUAUUCUCAACAUAAUCCAGAAUUUACGACACUCGGUAACAGGAUGGAUAGAUUGGAAUCUUGCUUUAAGUAAAAUGGGUGGUCCAAAUUAUAUCAACAAUUUUGUUGAUUCACCUAUCAUAAUCAAUCCUGAAACUGAUGAAUUUUUUAAACAACCGAUGUACUACGCGAUCAAACAUUUCAGUAGAUUCGUAGAACGAAAUUCUGUAAGAAUUGAAAGCAUGGAGACAAAUGACAUCAAAAGUAUUGCUUUCGAAACUCCCUCAAAAAUGAUCGUAGUUGUGCUGUACAAUAUGAGCUCCAAAAGUAAGAAUAUUACAAUUAUAGAUUCUAAAAACGGUAAUAUCAAGAUGAAAGUAAGUUCAUAUUCCAUUCACACUAUAUUAUAUAAAUAAAUAUUUAAUGAUCUGAUAUUGAAAUUAUGAAACAUAUGAUGUGCAGAAAGAAUGGUUUAAUUCAUUUACAUUUAUACUGUAAUAU